CUUUCAUCUUUCUCUCACCCGGACCCACUCUCGUAACCCUACCAUCGAAACAUACGAAUUCAAAGCUGACUCCACCACCAUAGAUGCUCAAGAAUGUCGGCUCCUCAGCCUCAGUGUGGUCCUUUACUUUUACCCGAUGAACUACCUUCCGCUGACAACAUAACUUUCCCGGAGACAUCUUUCUUCAAGAAGGAUGGAGCGCUCCUCCCAACGCCAGCUGAGGUUCGGGAGGCUGCUGGUCCGCAGGGGGGGAUCAGACUUCCUCCGGUUUCAUUCCCUACAAUGAAUCUCAUUGUCAAAUACGGCAGAUACAUCACGAAAGCCGAGGGCCAGUGCUUAUGGGCAGUACGUCGCCUCUGUCCCAAAAUCCCCGUUCCAGAGGUGUAUGGCUGGUGUCAAGAUGGUAAAGAAACCUUCAUCUACAUGCAGCUGAUUGAAGGAGCUACAUUGGAGCAAGAAUGGCCGCGGAUGAUUGUGGAUGAGAAGUAUGAGGUGUGUGUGCAGUUGCGUGGCAUGCUGGAUGAACUGCGUCAACUUCGACAAGAUCCCUCGGAUCGAUUUAUUGGAACUAUCAAUCGACAGUCUGUCCAGGAUGUUAUCUUCGAUUUUGAUCAUCCUUGCAAAGUUUUCUCCGAUGUUACCUCAUUCCACGACUGGUUCUCACGCGAGGUCAUCUCUCAAAUGGACCCAUCAGAUCCUCAUGCAUGGCGGCGUGGUUUAUGCGACAAUGUUCCAAUUGUCUUCACACACGCUGAUUUACAUCGCAGCAACAUCAUGAUGGCUUGGAAGAAUGGCAAGCCCCGCGUCACAGCAAUCCUUGAUUGGCAUCAGUCUGGCUGGUAUCCUGCGUGCUGGGAAUUUUACAAAACAAAAUUCACAGCCAGGGAACGUGAACAGUGGGAGAUAGAUUUCAUACUGGAGUUCAUGCAGUCGUAUACAGGAUAUGUCCCAUGGGAUUAUUUCGUGCUUGCGAGAGGUAGGUGAAGGCUGAAUGAAGAAACAAAGCCCAUCCCUUUAACUGCCAGAAACACACUUUUACAGAGCACAGCGCUGAAGCGAGGCGUUAAGAGUACCUAAAAAGUGUAUUCUGAAUGGCAGUAAGGGGAUAACUCAUGCUGUGUACGCAGUAAGUAUCAAAUUUUUACCUUGGCACAUAGGACUAGGGCUCUUUAUUUCCUCGGUCCAAGGUUGAUAUCUAUCCUACAGCCCAUUCUACGCAGAGAAAGUUAAACGCGAUGGAAUCUCAAUGAAUACAAUUCCAGCCGCUCCAUGGUCAGAUGUAUUUUUUGUUCUUAGGAACAGCAUUAACCUAGACAAGAACAUCGGGCGUUAAUAUUCGCAUUUCCCCCAGCUUGGCUACCAAUGAAAAUGCGAGUUCAGACGUUAAAUCUUUGGAUUUGAACUCUGGUGCGAGGACCCAUGGUUCCUUCCGGCGCUCAUAAAAGCAGCGACUAAAUUAGCCGAAUAGAGUAUUUGAAGAUCUGGAUUUAAAAAUACUCCUUGAGAGGAUACCAUCUGCCGCACGAUCAUUAACCAUUGAUCAUUCGUUUGCACCUACAAUCGCCAAAGUAUAAGCACCAGCCUCGAUAUGCUACAUACAUAUCUCACCAUCUAGGUAUCUACCUACCCAUCUACCCUGUUAAGAGGAGAGUAAACCGUAGAGCGGAGAGAAAAACCACAGCCGAUCAGGCAUGCAUGCAAUUCAUUAUUCAAUUACUCAGUACAGAUUCAACUACAAAUCCAAAUCCAAGCCCUUGCAAUAAAAUAAACCGCAACCGCAACCGCCGCCGCAGCAGAUAUAAUAUAAACGAUACAGUACGAAGACAUCGACAUCAACAUCGAAAUAUCCAUAUACCUCUCUGUGAGGUAGGUAAAGCUUGAAGCUGCCUCAAAAACAGUGGUGUUUAGGUUCUUUUACAUACCUAGAUGUGGAUUGAAAUAUACCUUGGUGACUCUGUAUGCUUCAUCAAUUGUUUUUUUUUUUCUGGUUCUCAUCUCUUGAGGUGACUUGAUUGGGUAUGUAAAUAAAUAAAUAAAUCUCCGCUUCAAGAGGGAGGGUACUUGACGGCCUUUUGUUG